AUGGCACUCAACGCCUACCUGAACAAAAAGGUAUCCGUCCUCACCAUCGAUGGGCGCACAAUGGUUGGCAAGCUACACUCGUGCGACGGCAGUAUGAACCUCGUCCUCCAAGAAGCCGUUGAGCGCAUCAUUCGACCACUAGAAGAAGAAGUACCUAGCGAAGAGGUACCCCUGGGACUAUACAUCAUACGGGGCGACAGCGUAGCGGUGGUGGGCAAGGUGGACGAAGAGAUUGAUUCAAAGAUCAAUUGGUCUAAGGUGCAUGGUGAGGUGCUGGGCAAUACAAAACACAACUGA